AUGGGUCUAGUGGAAAGAGUGAAAAGACAGGUAGCGGUAAUGGGACUUGUCCCAAAGCUGAAAAAGUAUUUACCUUUAUUCUCGAAAAUUAUUGCUCUAAUCAGCUUAAUUUCGAUAGCUAUCUUACCAAUUGAUGGUCAAUACAGGAACACUUAUAUAUCAGAGAACGCCCUUAUGCCCUCUCAGGCAUACAGUUACUUCAGAGAAACGGAAUGGAACAUCCUAAGAGGAUAUCGUACACAGGUAGAGAAUAUGGUGGAUUUACCUCUUACGGAAAGAAAUGAUAUAAUGGAAACUUGGCUGAAUGACAUUGGAGCCAAAACUGAUACUCACAAUAACAGUACCAUAUAUGGGAUCUUUCACUCACCAAGAGGCGACGGCACGGAAGCCAUUGUCUUGGCCAUUCCAUGGCACAAUUCUGAGGGACAAUUCAAUACAGGUGGCGCUGCUUUAGGUGUUUCACUAGCAAGAUUUUUCUGGCGUUGGCCAAUAUGGUCGAAGAACAUUAUUGUUGUAUUUAGUGAAGAUACUGGUGCCUCUCUCAGAUCUUGGGUCGAGGCAUACCAUACAUCCUUAGAUUUGACAGGUGGGUCUAUUGAGGCGGCCGUUAUAUUGGAUUAUGCGUCAGAAAGUGAUUUUUUUGACUAUGUAGAGAUUCAUUACGAUGGCUUAAACGGUGAGUUACCUAAUUUAGAUCUUGUGAAUAUUGCAGUUUCAAUUACUGAACAUGAAGGAAUGAAAGUCUCUUUGCAUGGAUUACCAAGAGAAGAACUAGAAGAACGGUCACUAUGGUCUAGAUUCAAGAUGUUAUUACGCAGCAUUAAGGAUUCUAGUCUUGCGGGUAUCAAAAAGCCGCACGGUAAUGAGGCAUUCAGCGGUUGGAGAAUUCAGGCCUUAACACUCAAAGCAUGUGGCGAAGGAGGUAUUGAUAUCACUACUUUUGGAAGAAUUCCAGAGGCAAUGUUCAGGUCCAUUAAUAACCUUCUAGAAAAAUUCCAUCAAUCAUUUUUCUACUAUUUAUUAUUAGCCCCAAGAAAUUUUGUUUCUAUAAGUAGUUAUCUACCUGCUGCUGUUGGUCUUUCUUUGGCUUUCGCCUGUUCAUCUUUGGGUGAAUUUGUGAAUGAUAACCAAGAUUCAAUUCCAUUUAUUUCUUCUUAUACAUUAGAAGCUAUUAUAGUUUGGUUUUUAAGUAUAACUUUCUCCUUCUGUUUUGCGAUUACCUACCUUAAAUACACAUUCCCUGUUAUGCUGAUGUUCAUAUGUAUAUUAUUUUCUUUCAUUCCAUUGAUAUCAAGAGGGCUUCCCCUAGCUGAAACCAAAAUAACAGUUGCACACAGAAUGAAAGCUUUUGCUUUUGGCUAUUUCAGUUUAGUUUUGACAUCGCUUCUAAUGAUAAAUUUCCCCCUAGCCCUUACUAUUGGUGUUCUUGCUUUUCCAAUGACACUAGUGAAGAUAAGCAACACUCUUCCAACUUCCUCCCAAGCGCUAAAGAAUUCAAUGUUGCUAUUAGUCUCAAAUCCAUAUAUAUCCAUAUGCGCUUUCAGUAAUAUAUUUGAUUCUGAAUUGACUGGCUUAGCAACGUUGGACAGGUUAAUUCCGGCAUGGAACGACAUGAAUUGCUGGACCUGGUUUUUCUCACACUUGGCUGGCUACCAUGCUGGAUUAUAA